AUGAGUAAGGCGCAGAAGAAGUUGCUGGGGCCACGUCACCGCACAUCUUUGAAGAAGCCCUUAUGUGUCGUUUUGACAGUUUCAGUGAUCAGCAUGCUUCUGAUCUGUACUCACAUGUUCCCACGACAUGGCAAGAGAUCUUCCUGUCAUGUACUCUCCAGCGGUAGAGGCUGCGAGGAUGCUCUCUCAGCGUUGCUACCUGCUCAUAUCAGGAAACUCACUAUUAAAGAGAUAGCAGCUCGAGCAGUGGUCAGAGACAUACUUAGAACUCCUUCCUUCAUAACCCAAAACUCCAAGAUCGCUUUCUUGUUCUUGACUCAUGGUACUUUGCCAUUUGAGUUGCUAUGGGAUGAGUUCUUCAAGGGUCAUGAAGGGAAGUUCUCUAUUUACAUCCACCCGUCCAAGGAACGGCCAGUUCACAUCAGUCCUCAUUUCUAUGAUCGAGAGAUUCAUAGUGACGAGGUCACUUGGGGAAGAACUUCAAUGGUUGAUGCUGAGAAGAGGUUACUAGUUAAUGCUCUUGAAGAUCCUGACAACCAACACUUUGUUCUUCUUUCAGAGGGUUGUAUACCGUUGCAUACUUUUGACUACACUUAUAGAUAUUUGUUAUAUUCCAACGUCAGCUUCAUUGAGAGUUUUGUGGAUCCUGGUCCACGUGGGACAGGUAGACACAUGGAAGACAUGUUACCUGAAAUUACCAAGGAAGAUUUUAGAAAGGGUUCUCAGUGGUUCACAAUGAAGCGACAACACGCGGUGAUAGUGAUGGCUGAUAGUCUAUACUACUCAAAGUUCCUCAAGUAUUGUGGAGUAAGUAAGCCUGGGACAGAGGGUGACAAGAACUGUACUGCAGAUGAACAUUACUUGCCAACAUUCUUUAGUAAAAUUGAUCCCAUGGGGAUCUCGAACUGGUCAGUGACGUAUGUUGACUGGUCUGAACGAAGGCGUAGUCCAAAGACUUACGGACCACAUGAUAUUUCAUUAGAGUUUUUGAAAGAUGUCUCGUCGGAGGAAAUGAGUGUUCACGUCACGAGUUUGAGAGAGCAUGGAGAUGAGUUGCAUUGGCCUUGUACAUGGAACGGGAUUAGACGUCCUUGUUAUCUGUUUGCAAGAAAGUUUCAUCCCGAUUCUCUCGACUCAUUGGUCAACCUCUUCCCAAACUACACAAGCACAGUUGUCUGA